UAUAAUUAUGCCGUGUUUACGUUUUACAUUAAUCCUUGUUGUUUUUUGUCCUUUAAAAAAAAAAAAGGAAAAACCAAAAUACAACAAAGAAAUUUUCUUGACAUCCCAAACCGACAUUGAUGCAUAAAACUUGGAAAGCCCCAGACUGAAUCGAGCUGCAGCCAUGAGCCAUUGAAGAAGUAUAGUGGUAAAAGAUGCAAAUAUAAAGGAAAAGCAGGGCUAAGAAACAAAGUCCUCUGUCCUUAUUAUGCCCCAAAAAUGUUGUAAUUAACGAGCAGAGACAGCAGCAUGGGCUCUUCUCUCUCUCUCUCUCUCUCUCUCUCUCUCUCAGUUUGGGAGACAUCGAACCCCAACGCCACCUCCCCACUUGUCUGUUUGAGAAACGAGAGGGUGCCCUCCUUCAAAGCUACCAUUUUUCUUAUUUUCUUGGUUCUUAAUCUACAACUGACCCUUUUUUUCUUUGUUUCUUAAACUUGGACUAACUCAGUCUUAUUCUUAAAUCACACACACUUUUUUUCUUAUCCUACACCCAUCUUUACCUAUUUCUUUUUGGGUGGUUUUUGAAAUUAGCUAUGCUUGGAUGGUUUGGGGCAAAAUUUGGUUGCUUCAGAAGUAAGUAUUAAAUCCUUAUUCUUUUUGUUUCGUUUGGUUUUUAUUUUGGUUUUGCUUGUUGGGUCUGUGAAGUUGCAUUUUUUUAAUCAGAAAAACCCUAAAUAUUUUAUUUUUGGUUGAUUUAAGUUUCAAGCUUUUCUGGGUUUUAAAGUGGAAUUAUUAGUUUGUUUAUUUAUUAGGGUUUUAAGGUUUUUGGGGCUAUGAUCAGUUUGCUAAAAAUGGAGUGGCUACUUGGAUCAUUUUGGUUUACCUAGGUUUCAAUUUGUUUUUUUUGAAGUGAUUAAAAUGAUGCAAAGCCAUUUUUUCUUUAAUGGUAUUAUUUUGUUGAGUUGCAGGAGCCCUUGGUUGAGAUUUAGUUUGGUUAGGGUCCUUGAUAAGUAAAUUUCACCUUACUUUCAUUUCCCAUUUUUGUCAAUUAUUAUAAUUUCUGGUUGAACCGGAAAAAGGAUUAGAUUUUCAGUGAAAUCGGUCAAAUUACUUGUCUUGCUGGUGUAUGGAUCACAUGCAAUCAAUUGCUGGAUUAAAAUCUUAAAACUUUAUUUGUGGUUCAUUACUGAAUUAACUUUUAAGAUAUCAAUAUAUCAUGUGGUGAGAAAAGCAUUCAAAUUGUGUUCGAAACCAUAAAAAUAGAUUUUGGGUUAAAAUAAUCAAUUUAGGAGACUCUCACUUAUCACUUGUAAUUUUCGGAAAUUUAUAUUAUAAUUAAUUUUUUAAUCAUGUUUGAAAUUAUAUUAUAAAAGAAGUCACCUUUUCAAGAUUAAUAAUUUUUGCUAUCUUUGAUUAUAUUUGUAAAGAAACGUGAGAUUAUAGUACUACCUAGAUGGCCUGGAACGAGAGAGAUGUAAAUGGGAGAGAGAGGGGCCUGAUUGCAGAAAAUGGUUUCUUAAAAGAACCAUGGUCUUCUCCCGGUCCAAAUAUUUCAACAGCUGGUGUUACUUCAACGCAAAAGGCAUUUGAAGGGAAAGGUGCUCUUUCUUAUGCUAACAUUCUUCGGUCCAGGAACAAGUUUGUCGACGCCCUUGCCAUAUAUGAUAGUGUAUUGGAGAAAAAUAGUGGGUGUGUUGAAGCCCACAUUGGAAAAGGGAUAUGCCUGCAGAUGCAGAACAUGGGAAGGCCUGCUUUUGAGAGCUUUGCAGAAGCCAUCAGGUUGGAACCUCAGAAUGUUUGUGCUCUCACUCACUGUGGUAUACUAUACAAAGAUGAAGGUCGUCUGGUAGAUGCUGCUGAGUCUUAUCAAAAAGCUCUGAGAGCAGACCCUUCAUAUAAACCCGCUGCAGAAUGCCUAGCCAUUGUUCUAACUGAUUUGGGAACCAGCUUAAAGCUUGCUGGCAAUACACAGGAGGGAAUUCAGAAGUAUUAUGAAGCUCUUAAAAUAGAUCCGCACUAUGCUCCUGCAUACUAUAACCUUGGCGUUGUCUAUUCUGAGAUGAUGCAAUAUGACAUGGCCCUUAGUUGCUAUGAGAAGGCUGCAAUGGAGAGACCUAUAUAUGCUGAAGCAUAUUGCAACAUGGGUGUCAUUUAUAAAAACCGCAGUGACUUGGAAUCUGCCAUUGCCUGUUAUGAGAGGUGUCUAGCUGUGUCCCCUAACUUUGAAAUUGCAAAAAAUAAUAUGGCAAUUGCCUUGACAGAUUUGGGAACAAAGGUUAAGUUGGAGGGAGACAUUAACCAAGGUGUGGCAUUUUACAAGAAGGCUUUGUAUUAUAAUUGGCACUAUGCAGAUGCUAUGUAUAAUCUUGGGGUUGCUUAUGGUGAAAUGCUGAAGUUUGAUAUGGCAAUUGUGUUCUAUGAACUUGCUUUCUACUUCAACCCCCAUUGUGCAGAGGCAUGCAACAAUUUAGGAGUAAUAUACAAAGAUAGAGACAACCUUGAUAAAGCUGUAGAGUGUUAUCAGUUGGCUUUGUCAAUCAAACCAAACUUCUCUCAGUCGUUGAACAACCUUGGUGUUGUCUACACAGUUCAGGGUAAAAUGGAUGCUGCUGCUAGCAUGAUCGAGAAAGCUAUCAUUGCCAAUCCCACAUACGCAGAAGCAUAUAAUAAUUUAGGGGUUCUUUACAGAGAUGCUGGCAAUAUAUCCAUGGCUAUUACAGCUUAUGAGCAAUGCCUUAAGAUAGAUCCAGAUUCUCGUAAUGCAGGACAGAACCGGCUCUUGGCAAUGAACUACAUAAAUGAAGGAGAUGAUGAUAAACUUUUUGAGGCUCACAGGGACUGGGGAAGGCGAUUUUUGAGGUUAUAUCCACUAUACAAUUCAUGGGACAACCCAAAAGAUCCAGAACGACCUCUUGUGAUUGGAUAUAUUUCUCCAGAUUAUUUUACUCAUUCUGUGUCUUAUUUCAUUGAAGCCCCUCUUAUUUAUCAUGACUAUGGGAAUUACCAGGUGGUUGUGUAUUCAGCGGUAGUGAAGGCGGAUGCAAAAACUAAUAGAUUUAGGGAAAAAGUCAUGAAAAAGGGUGGGGUAUGGAGAGAUAUAUAUGGUAUUGAUGAAAAGAAGGUUGCAAGCAUGGUUAGAGAUGAUAAAAUUGACAUCUUGGUAGAGCUUACUGGUCAUACAGCCAACAAUAAAUUGGGAACCAUGGCAUGUCGACCGGCACCUGUUCAGGUGACUUGGAUUGGCUACCCCAAUACUACUGGUUUGCCAACUAUUGAUUACCGAAUAACUGAUUCACUUGCAGAUCCUCCUGGUACAAAACAGAAGCAUGUUGAGGAGUUAGUUCGACUACCAGAAUGCUUCCUUUGUUAUACUCCUUCCCCGGAGGCUGGACCUGUUUCACCAACUCCUGCUCUUUCCAAUGGCUUCAUUACGUUUGGUAGCUUCAAUAAUCUGGCAAAGAUAACACCCAAGGUAUUGCAAGUUUGGGCAAGGAUAUUAUGUGCUGUCCCAAACUCCCGUCUUGUGGUAAAAUGCAAGCCAUUUUGUUGUGACAGUGUUAGGCUGAAAUUUCUUACAACACUAGAGCAGCUGGGUUUAGAAUCUCUCCGUGUUGAUCUUCUCCCUCUAAUUCUUCUUAAUCAUGGCCACAUGCAAGCUUAUUCUCUUAUGGACAUCAGUUUGGACACUUUUCCAUAUGCUGGAACAACGACUACGUGUGAAUCACUAUACAUGGGAGUGCCAUGUGUUACCAUGGCUGGUUCAGUACAUGCUCACAAUGUUGGUGUCAGUCUUCUCAGCAAAGUUGGGUUAGGACAUCUGAUAGCCAAAAAUGAAGAUGAAUAUGUCCAGUUGGCACUACAACUGGCCUCAGACGUCACUGCUCUCCAUAACCUGAGAAUGAGUCUUCGGGACCUUAUGUCUAAGUCUCCUGUAUGUGAUGGACAGAACUUUAUCAGUGGUUUGGAGGCAAAAUAUCGUACCAUGUGGCACAGUUACUGCAAGGGUGAUGUCCCAUCUUUACAGUCUAUGGAAAUGUUACAAAGACAGGGUGUUCCUGAAGAUCUAACUAUCAAAACAGUGGAACCAGAAAGGGUCACAACCUCAAAAGAUACCUCCCCUGGGUCAGUCAAGUCUAAUGGAUUUAAUCAGGUUCCAUUGCCAAUGCUGAAUCUCACUAGUGAAGAGAACGGGAGUCAGUUGAACCAGACUACAAAUUUAGGCAAGCAGAGCUGACAUCAUAAUUUUUGGUGCAUAUGUAGCAUUUUGGUGGUUCCUUAAACUUUGAAACGAAGUCAUUACCUUCGUGGGGACAAUCCUCCUGUAAGGUACAACUAUUAUGACAAUAUCCACAUGAAUUGAGGCUGGUGGAUAACUAUGGUCGCAACUCCAUAUUACCUUCAAUAAUAUUCCAUUUUUUUUUGGGAGAAAGAAAGGCGGCGGAAAUGAGUAAAAAUAUGAUUUUGCUGUGUUCCUUUGAGAAGAAUAGCGGAUUGGGAAGAGAUUAUGAGCUACUGAUAUAGAUACCUGAAUUGCUGUCGCAUUUUUCUCCCCUGUACUAGAAUUGUAGAAAUUUAGCCCUGGUUAGUAUAUUUCGAGGACAGUUUUUGUGUUUGCUUUAGCGCGGCUCGUGUUUUAGUGGUUUUGAUAGUGGCAUUGCUGGUUGGCUUGCUGGAAGGAGGUGUUAUAAUAUAAUUUCAUGUUUUAAUGUCAUCCCAUAAACUCAAAUUUUGAUGGAACAGAACAGCCUAAUCAUCAGGCCUUUUUAUUAUUCAACAGCCUCAACUUGUACCUUUCAA